GUGUGUGUGUGUGUGAGUGUGUGUGUGUGUUCAUCCAGCUGAUGUGUUGUUCUUCUCUUGAACUAUGCCCUGAUGUGACAGUAACUCAUUGGUACAGUGAGAGAGCAAGGGCUGGAGGACAGACAGACAGUGUGUUAAAGGGGUUCAGAGUGAUCGGAUCGAGUCAGAGAGCGGCAUCAUGCUCUCCUCAGGCGUGCGUCCACCGGUGUUCUUCACGGCCGUCCGGUCACUGUGUGUCGGCGCAUGCGGCCGUGAGGAUGCGGUGACGGAGCGGCCGCUGCAGAGGAGAACCGGAGGAGUGCGAGACUUCCAGGAGAUUCCUCACACCGGCAGCAGCGGCUGGAUCAACCUGCUGCGCUUCUGGAAGGACGGGAGAUUCAGCCUGCUUCACAAGCACAUGGAGAGCACCUUCAGACGCCUCGGACCCAUCUACAGGGAGUAUCUGGGCUCUCAGAGCAGCGUGAACAUCAUGCUGCCGGUGGACAUCGGGGAGGUGUUCCGAUCCGAGGGUCUCCAUCCGCGCCGCAUGACGCUGCAGCCCUGG